UAAUAGAAAAAGGGCUGGCGGCUAUGAUACCCUUCCUUCCUAGCAGCUUCCUUAGUACAAAAGAAAGAAUCAUUUAUGAAUAAUAAUUUAUAUAUAACAAAGAGUAUGACUCCAAAUCAUCCAACAAUGCUAGUUCCUCUUCACUUGUUAGAUAUCAACUUUUCCUAGGCUUUUCCAAAUCAUCCAACAAUUCUAACUAAUUUUUCUUGUUUAUGUUCUUGUUCUGUCUUUGGUUUCAUUGAUUCAUCAAAAUUUUCCUAGUCAUAUAUAUUCUAGGCUUCUCAGGAGCAAAACAAUCUUCCAAAACAUCUAAUUAUAAGAGUCUGAAUCUUUUGGUUCAAGUUUGGUUUUAUUCAACAUGCUUCCUCCUAACACCUUUCUGCAAGAUUUUAGUGUUCCUAACUCAUUGAACCAUGUAACAAAUGGGUUUGAGUUGGAAGAAUCAUCAUUUUCACCUUCUUCUGUCAUAAGCUCAGAUGAAGAUCCCCAGUAUGCAGCGGAUAGAUAUUCCAAUCCAUUCCUCAGAUACAUAAGUGACAUCCUCAUGGAUGAAGAAUAUGACUUGGAGCGCGAACCUUGUAUGUUGCAGGAAUGUUUAAGACUCAAAGCUGCUGAAAAAUCCUUCUAUGAUGUUCUUGGCAAUAACAAUCCUUCACCAGAUGGUAGCACUGACCUAGAUGGGAAUUUCGGCCGCACUGUUAGUUUUGAGAGCAACGGCAGCAGCUGCACCACUGAUAAUUCAUGUGAGUCUGAUUCGGUUAACCUUGUUGGCGAAUUUGACUCUUCUUACUUAGAACUACAAACUCCUUUAGUAGAGCAAAACUACUAUGGUGUGGCACAACCUGAUCCAGUGGUCAAUGAGCAACAAGCUGCUAACCAUUUUCAGAAUGGAACUUGGAGUUGGAAUGAAAUUCAGCCAGUGAUGGUUGAAGAGGUUUCAGCUUCAUUAGUACCAAGAGAAAAGAGAAGUCAUGCGAUGGAUGAUAACGAUGAUACUAGUAAUGAACAAGAGGGAAGAGGUAGCAAGAUUUCAGCUAUCUUUUCUGAUGAAUUAGAACCACCAGAGAUCUUAGAUGAGGUACUUCUUUGUCAGCAAGGAAGGACACUAACUCAACACCAACAAGCAUCACAGACUGUUGAUUCAGGAGAAAAGGCAAAGGCAGCACGUUCGCGAUCGAAGAAAGUAUCUACUACGAACAAUGCCACAGUUGUGGAUUUGUGGACUAUGCUAACUCAAUGUGCACAGGCCGUGGCAAGCUAUGAUCAAAGGAAUACAAAUGAGCUACUCAAGCAGAUUAGGAAACACUCUUCGCCUUUUGGGGAUGGACUUCAGCGGUUAGCUCAUUACUUUGCUAAUGGUCUUGAGAUAAGAUUUGCUGCCGAGAUUCCAUCGUAUAUGCCGCUUGAUGUAGUAACUGCUGGAGAUAUGUUGAAAGCUUACAAACUAUUCGUUACCUCAUCUCCUUUGCAGAGAAUGACAAAUAUGUUGUUAACCAAUACAAUUUACAGCUUAGUGAAGAAUGAGAGCAGUGUUCAUAUUAUUGAUUUUGGAAUUUGCUAUGGUUUCCAGUGGCCAUGCCUAAUCAAAAAACUUUCAAUGAGACCUGGUGGUCCUGCAAAGCUUCGAAUUACGGGAAUUGAGCUUCCUCAGCCAGGAUUUAGGCCUGCAGAAAGGGCAGAGGAAACAGGAAGGCGUUUAGAGAACUACUGCAAGAAGUUCAAUGUACCAUUUGAAUACAACUGCAUUGCACAGAAAUGGGAAACUAUCCGGCUCGAGGAUCUAAAGAUAGACAGGAAUGAAGUAACUCUUGUUAGCUGUUUAUACAGAAUGAAGAACCUGCCUGAUGAAACUGUAGCAGUGAAUUGUCCAAGAGAAGAAUUGUUGAACCUCAUCAGGAAGAUUAAUCCGAAAAUCUUCUUCCAUGGAGUUGUCAAUGGAAGUUAUAGUGCACCGUUUUUCCUGACUCGGUUUAAGGAAGCACUCUACCACUUCUCAUCGUUGUUUGAUAUGUUUGAGGCUAACGUGCCUUGCGAAGACCCGCAAAGGUUGAUGCUUGAGAGAGGGUUGUUUGGAAGGGAUGCUAUAAAUGUUAUAGCUUGUGAGGGUGCCGAGAGGGUCGAAAGGCCUGAGACCUACAAGCAAUGGCAGGUCAGGAACAAAAGAGCUGGGUUCAGGCAAAUCAGGUUUGAUUCUGAUUUAGUGAAUGAAACCAAAGCAAUGGUGAAGAAGGAAUACCAUAAAGAUUUUGUAGUUGAUGUCGAUGGUAAGUGGGUUUUGCAGGGAUGGAAAGGACGCAUUUUGAAUGCUUUAUCUGCUUGGGUUCCUGCCUAAGCAAAAUGUCCAAAAAGUGUUUUGAAUGGUUGACUGAAGUUUCAGAAGGGAUAGUGAACCAACACAUGCUAAUUUUGUAUUGAAAAAUGAAUUUGUUUUCAUUGGAAUUUAUUUUUAUGUUUAUAAUAUGAUCUGUUUUUGUUGUUGUCAAGUGUUAAAAAGAUGUAUGUAGAUUAGAGGACAAGUCUUACUAUUCCAUCAUGGAAUGGAAUCAUGGGACCAAUGAAUACAUUGAUCACAUUUUAAUACAUUUUCCCAUGAAUUCAAAA